AUGCAGAGAGGGAAGCCCUACAGAGCACCGCCUACCGUAGUACAGACCUUCUGCCAGAAGCACGGCCUGAUGUCCGAGGUGGUUGAUCUGAGGUGGGGUAUUCGGAACACCGAGGCCACCAACCACAUGACCACGGAACUCUGCUUGGAGGAGCUUGACUGGUGUCGGAAGACAUCCAUAGGGCCAGCUUUUGUUGCCCUCGUAGGUGACCAGUACAGCCCCCGUCCCGUCCCCUCGCUGAUCGAGGAAAAGGAGUGGGAGGCGCUGAAAGCUCAGCUGAGCGCCAGGCCACGUGACCUGGAGCUGGCGGCACGACGCUUCCGGACAGACGAGAACGCCGUGCCCCCCACCUACCUGCUGCAGACCCUGGGCAGCGGGGAGGCCCGUGGGCCCGAGGAGGCCACCCUGACCUCUGCACUGCGCUCUGGAGCCCGGGAUGCCCGCAGGCUGGGCCUCAUCACCCAGGAGAAGUGGCACCGCUACCACCGGUCAGUCAUCGAGGGGGAAAUAGAACGGGGCCUGCUGAGCUCAACAGACGGGGACCAGGGGGCGACCGUCUUCCUGAGAGAUACCCAAGACCUCAACAAACACAUCCUGGAAGUCUGCGCCCUCAAGAUGGUGGACCAGCUUGCAGCCGGUUGCCUGGACACCGACGCCCAGAACCUUCUCAGCAGCCUCCAGGAGCGCAUCGCUGACAUGCAGCCCGGAGUUCUCAAGGCCCACCACCUGGCAUGGAGCCGAGACCUGGCGGACCCCCCAAACAGGGCUCACGGCCGGUACCCGAAGGAGCUGGGGGAGCAGUUUGUGGCCAGGGCUAACCAUCAGGUCCUCGAGUGCCUCCAGAAACUGGAGGCAGGCAGGCAGGAGUUGGCAUGGCUCUAUCAGGAGAUCCGCCACCACCUGGGGCUCAGUGCCGAGGCCCCCCGGACCUUCUGUGGGCGUCAGGAGCUCCUAACCCAGCUGGGGCAGCGGCUCCAGCAGAGCAACGGCCACCCCCACCCACCUCUGGUGCUUUUUGGACCCCCGGGCAUCGGAAAGACUGCUCUGAUGUGCAAGCUGGCUGAGCAAAUGCCAGGGCUGCUUGGCCACAAGACAGUGACCGUUCUGCGGCUUCUGGGGACGUCACAGAUGAGCUCCGACGCCCGAGGCCUGCACCAGAGCAUCUGCUUCCAGGUGUGCCUGGUCUACGGGCUACCCCUGCCCCCUGCCCAGGUCUUGGAGGCCCAUACCAGGGUGGUCCAGUUUUUCCACACCCUCCUCCACACCGUCUCCUGCCAAAACUUUGAGUCCCUCGUGAUCCUGCUGGAUUCAGUGGAUGAUGUAGCCUCUGUCCACCGUGCUCGGAGGGUCCCCCGGCUGCCUCCCAAGUGCCCCCCGAGGCUCCACCUCAUCCUCUCGGUCUGCUCAGGACAGCGGGGGGUUUUAGACACUAUGCGGCAGGUGCUCACGGACCCAGGUGCUUACUGGGAGGUGAAACCCCUCUCUGGAAACCAAGGGCAAGAGAUGGUUCAGCUCCUGCUGGCCGCCUCGAGGAGGACACUCAGCCUGAUGCAGAGGGACCUGCUCUGGGCCAGCCUCCCGGAGUGUGGGCACCUGGGGCGGCUGAGGCUGGCCUUCGAGGAGGCCCGGAAAUGGGCCUCCACUGCUAAGGAAGCGAUGCACCAGCUGUGUGCCUGCCUGGAGGAGACACAUGGGCAGCUCCUGGUGGCCCGAGUGCUGGGCUGCAUUGUGUCUUCCCGACAGCUGGCCGAGGUGGUCCGAGAGCGUUACCUGUCCUGGCCCGAGAAAGCCAAGAGUCACGGAGUCUUGGCCGACUUCUUCUCAGGGAGCUGGAGCCAGGGGACCAAGAAACUCAUCACCCUGCCACUUGUGGGGAAACCCCUGGACCUGGACCGCAAGCCUCAGGAUCUCCUGCUCCAGUCCGUCCUCCAUGGUGGCCCCUCAGCCCCUGUGUGGGGCAUUGAGGGUCUGUUGGAUGACUUUGACCUGUGCACCCCUCACGUGGACUGUCCUGAGGUCAGCCUGGUCCGGGAAGCCCUCCAGCUGUGCCGCCGGGCAGUGGAGCUCCGAGGCAUGGAGAGAAGCAUCCUGUAUACAGAACUCCUGGCCAGACUCUAUUUCUUCGCCACCUCACAUCCGGCGCUGGUGGGACAGCUAUGCCAACAGGCACGGAGCUGGUUCCGGAUGUGCCCACACCCUGUGCUGGUGCCCCUCGGGGGAUUCCUCCAUCCCCCGGGAGGACCCCUCCAGGCAACCCUCACCAGCUGUCACAAAGGCAUCACUGCCAUGGCAUGGAGCCUGGAAGGGAAGCUGCUGGUGGUUGGCACCCAGGAGGGCAUGGUAGCUGUGUGUGAUAUGGAAGAACAGCAGGUGAUCCACAUCCUACCUGGACACACAGGAGAGGUGAGGUGUGUGAAGGUGUUUGCCAAAGGAUCGCUUGCCAUCUCUACCUCGAAGGAUCACACCCUGUGCUUGUGGAACUUACUCUCUGGCCAGGAGAAAUUCACCAUUUGGGAUGGAGUCUCAAAAGAUCCCACUGAACCUCAGAUCUCGAGCCUUCAUGUGGAUGAAGCAAAGAAGGUUGUGUAUUCAGCAUCUAGCUCAAAGGUCAAUGCUUGGAAUCUGGAAACUGAAGAGUUGAUUUUCCGUAUCCUGGGGGAUGCCUCUGACCCCUGGGUGUGCAUGGCAGUGCUGGCUUCCAGGGCCACACUGCCGACGGUGUCGCAGGAUGGCGUGGUCAGUCUGUGGAGUUCAGCCACAGGAACACUGCAAAGGAAGCAACAUUUGUCCAGCAUCAAAGAAGAAACAAUUACCUGUGGGGUCUCAGUCCAGAAACAAAGAAAGAUGGUGACCGGGUCCAGCCAGGGCUCCAUCUCUUUGGUUUCCUCCAAAGGAGACAGCCUGCUGGAGAAGCUUCCAGAAGCCUCAGUUUCCCACACAUAUGUUUCAUCCAUAACAUCCUUCCAUAUUCUCUUGCUCAGAGGUUUUGGAAGAUCCAUGUGGAUAUUCUUGGCAGACUCACAGGGGUUUCAUCGAUUCAUGGUCACCGACCUUGAACAUGAAGACAUGGAGACGGCCAUUUUUGGUCCUGAAAACAAUCUGAUUGUCACUGGGUCCUGGGAUGCACUCAUUCAGGUGUGGAGUCUAUCAGAGCAGGGGAGUCUGCUAGGCGUCUUGGAAGGCGUCGGGGCCCCCGUGAGCCUGCUGGCCCGGGGUGGGCCCUUGGUGGCAUCUGCUUCCCAUUAGUCCUCAUCUUUUAAAGUCUGGGAUCUCACCUAUGCUCAGAAGCCAAGGGCCUCUACCCCGUUUCUAGACCGCACUGGCCUCACUGCAGUGUCACACAAUGGAAGCUAUGUUUACUUCCCUAAAAUUGGGGACAAAAACAAAAUCACCAUUUGGGACUUGGCAGAAGGCAAGGAGCAAGAUGCCCUGGACACCUCUAAUGAAGUCAGGUGUCUGGAGGUCGCUGAGCAGGCCAAUCUCCUUUUCACCAGCCUCGUUUCAGGGAUCGUCCUGGUGUUCCCCCUGAAUUCCAGGCAGGAUGUGAUGUGCAUCCCUCCUCCAGAAGCCCGGAAAGCCAUCAACUGCAUGGCCCUUAGUAAGGAUGAGGGGCACCUGGCCAUCGCCUAUGACAACAUCGUCCUGGUGCUGGACAUCAGCCGGGACCCCUGUCCAGUCAUCAACAGGCCAACCUACACCUUCUAUACCCAGCUGCCUGACACCAUAGCAAGCGUGGCUGUUCUGGCCGACUACCGCGUGAUCUAUGGCAUGACCAACGGAGACCUCUUCUUUUACGAAUGUGCGAAUUCCAAGGUGUUCCCUCUGGAGGCCCACGGGAGCUGAGUCACCUGUGUGGAGGUCAGCCACAAAGAGCAGCUGGCAGUCAGUGGGUCCGAGGAAGCCCUGCUGUGUCUCUGGGACCUUCAGGCAUGCAAGUGGAAAUUUGAGAUGAGCUACACGAAUUCUUACUGUAGAGGAGUUCAAUGUGCUUGCUUCUCCAAGGAUGACAAUUACGUCUACGCAGGCUUGAAAGAUCGCUCCAUAAUCGUCUGGAGUGUGCUGGAUGGCACACUGCUGGCCAUCCAGUUUGUCCAUGCCGUGAUGAACAGAAUCAUCCCAACCUCCAACAGCUUCAUUGCCCCCACCAGACAUGGCUAUCUCAUCCGUGAACGUUCCCAGUGCCCUUCGUCAAGAAUCUCACAACAGGACCCUCUCAAGAACUUCAAAAAAGCAGUGUGGAUGGUCAAAUCCAGGCAGAGAGAAGAGCUGGCUGCUGCUGCAGGAGCACUCCAGGACUCGAGAUCAGGGAGUGCCCAGGGAAACGAAUCUAAAUCAAACAAAUGCUCACCAGUCUGCCUCCUAGUGUAA